AUGGACCCUAUAGCGGCCACGCAGCUCGCGGCAGAUGUGGCGGGCAUCUUCCUCAAGAUCGUGAAAACGGUCAAAGAGGCCAUCGAAACCAUGAAGGGCGCCAGAGAAGCGCUCGUGGAGCUGCUCAGCCGCUGCGAAAGAGUGCGCCUUCAUCUCGAGCUUUUCCGGUCCCUCGCGCAUCGACUGUCGAAUCCAGAGGGGAAAUCCGUCUCCCUGUCCUUCAACGACAGCGCCUACCGACAGACUGCCGGUGAGAUUCUGGGGCUUAUCCACAAGGUCGCGGAUGCGUCCAAGCACUCUGACCUCUGGAUGAAGUUCAACUGGUUGUUCUACAAGGCGGAUGUGACUGCUUUGAUUGUGAAGCUUGAUGCGCGCGAGAAGGACCUCAAUCUUGUCUUGACUUUUAUUGCAGCGCAGUCUAGUGUAGUCACAGAGCAGGAGAUCAUUGCCAUGAAAGGCGAUGCUCAAGAAUCAGCGCAGAUCACCGAAGCGUUUGGUGAUGCUGGACCGAAGCAGGCUGGCAAAGUAGUAAUCGUGCGACGGAAACACAAGAAAAAGAGUCAUGGUUCGAAAAGCGGAUCAGAUGGUCCUAAAGAGCAAAAAGAAUCUGACUCUAUGCCGAGCCAACCUUCGAGCUCGAGGGAGCCGGCGCUGUGGUUAGGAAACGUCUUCAAGACCGGGUUGGAUUCGUCGUAUCUCAAAGAGAGAAAGCGAGUGUCUGAUGCUGCUUACUGGGGGGACUGGAACAAGUUAUUAUCUGCACUCGACAUUGGAUGGCGUCGCUUCGGCGAGUCCUGGUGCAAUGCACUUUACCUUGACAACAAGCCGGAAGCCGACAUCCAUCAACUGUCAUUAUGGACGCCUCUGCACCAGGCAGCCUAUAUGCAUGCUCCGAAGAAGGUCGUAGAGCAGCUGGUCAGAUAUGGAGCAUUCAGGACACUUCCUACAGGGAAGACUCGAAGCGAGUUCCGCUAUCAUGAUCUAACAGCGGUUGAGAUUGCCCACGAGCUCGGGUAUUCAGAGCUCUGGGACAUCCUCACGCCUGUGAUCCAUCACUUCCUUCCCGCGAAGGUCCUGAUAGAGCUGGAAAUACAGUUUCACCAACUGAUCCAUGCCGAACUGGCGGAUCCUUCUAUUUCAAAGAACCUGCGACUCCCGCAACUGGUGGUGCUAACGGAGCUGGAGAACCCGGAGAUGUGGUUCCCGGUCUACCCUCAGAGCGAGCAUGGAAAGGGAUUCCUGUUUCGCCUUGACGGGCGCGAACUUGUGGUUCUGAGUGUUGGGAGGAGCGCACCAGCAUCCAAGCAACUUUUCCGGGUGAUGACUACAGGCUGGACUGCAAUACAGGAUGCUGUUGUGUUUCGACGGUAG